UCCCAACUGCAACUAACAUGGCGACAUCGGAUGUGCGGCAAGACAGCUUCCCAGUUCCCAGCCGUCGCGCCUCAGGACUCGUCAACGGCGUCGCGACCGAGGUCACGUCAUUAAACUUCUCAGACAAGAUCCUCGUCACCAUAAGCCAAGAAGGCCGACUCUCACAAUGGGUCCAAGUUCCGCUGACCGGCUCUGCCGCGGGCCUUGUUGAAAUGACGCUGCCCACAGCGAGCCACGGCCUCAUGCCAUCGACGCAUCUGACGCCCACGACGCUCUUAGGCGGCGGAGGAGACGAUAGGGAAACCCUCGGACAGCUCUACGCCGCGCAGAUCGCGAGUCGCUUGUCGCUACAGUCGCCCGAGGAUAGGAGGACACUUGUGCUUGGCCUUGGGCUGGUUAAGGUUGACACGGAGCGUGAGGCCUUCUUCGACCUGUUUGAGCUGGCUCAAAAGGUGCUGUGAUUAAAGCGAUGGAUGAUUCCUACGAUACAGCUAAUAGAGAAGCGAGUCUACUGUCACAAGACGACAGCGCGAAACGCAAUAGACUGGU